CCCGCCCGGGCUUUGCCCGAGGCUGCUAUAAAGGCCAGGUGAGGGCCGCGCCUGUGGAAUGUUCGCACACCUUGGCGUCUGCGCCCCAGUCGGAGCCCGGAGAUUCCGCGGUGAACUGAAGGCGCACAUCCACUGCCCGAAGCCCCGGCGAGCCUUCCAGCACAUCUCACACUCCCCGACUCCUCUCCCUCUUUCUCCUUCUCCUCUUUCUCUUCCUCGUCCUCGUAGCUCGCAUCCGAGUUGCCCCAGGGACCGAGACGGCGCCGCUCCAAGGGACCAAUGAGAACCUCGCUGCGGCUGCUGCCGGCGCCGGUGGCGCUCUUGCUAUUAGUGAUCCUCGGCUCAGGGCAUUAUGUUGCUGGAUCAGAACACAAAGGCACCUACUCUGGGAAAGGGGAACAAUUUUCUGAGGACCACAGUGCCAGUGGGCUUGAGGUGAUGGUGACUUCAAGAAGUGAGAUGUCCUCAGUGAGUGCAAUGCCUUCUGGUGGCGAACUGUCCUCAGAGACUGACUAUGACUAUUCAGAAGAGUAUGACGAUGAACCACAAAUAUCCGGCUAUAUAGUAGAUGAUUCAGUCAAAGUUGAACAGGUAGUUAAACCCCCCCAUAACAAAACAGAAAGUGAACAGACUUCAAGCAAACCUAAAAGAAAGAAAAAGGCUGGCAAAAACGGAAAAAAUCGAAAAAACAAAAAGAAAACUCCAUGUGAUGCAGAAUUCCAAAAUUUCUGCAUUCAUGGAGAAUGCAAAUACAUAGAGCACCUGAAAGCAAUAUCAUGCAAGUGUCAUCAGGAUUACUUUGGUGAGCGAUGUGGGGAAAAGACUAUGAAGACUCAAAGAAUGGUUGACAAUGACUUAUCAAAAAUCGCUUUAGCAGCCAUAGUUGCCUUUGUCUCUGCCGUGAGCCUCACAGCUGUUGUUGUGGUCAUUACAAACCAGCUUCGAAAACGAUACUUCAGAGAAUAUGAAGGAGAAUCAGAAGAAACAAAGAAACUUCGACAAGAAAAUAAUGCACAUACCAUUGUAUAACUGAGUAUAACAUCACAGGAGGUCAUAUUGGAGUCACUACCAAGUCAGAACCACGAACAGAGUUGGUUCCUCUUUUCAGUGGAUCAUGAGAAAAUGGAACGUUUUUGUUCUGAUGGCUUUCAACUUUCAAUUGUCACUUUUUAUGCUAAGUCUUAUUUCUGUACAUAAAGAUGCAUGGAGAGAAAAAGUAUUUUUUCAAGUUGUAAAUAAUUUAUUUAAUAUUUAAUGGAAGUGUAUUUAUUUUACAGUGCAUUAAACUUUUUUAAUCAAACACAGUUUGAGAGUUUGAAUAUUAGUUUUGGGAUUGCAAAACUCUAGAGUGUUUCUCCUAAAACUUGGCACAUCAUAGAAAAAGGAUUUCCUCCUUUUUUUUUUUUCACUGCCUUCAUGUUGAUUUUGAAAAUUGAUUCCUUUUCUUACAAAGUACUGUUGAUGGGAAGAUUAGAAGCUAAAGUCAUUUAAAAAAACAGGUGUGGUGGUGCCGAUUCUGACUCGUGGUGAUCCCUCGUGGGCCUGAGUAGAACUGUGCUGCAUAGGAUUUUCAGGGGCUCAUUUUUCAGAAGUAAAUUGCCAGGACUUUCUUCUGAGGCACCUCUGGAUAGACUCAAACCUCCAACCUUUUAGUUUGCAGCUGAGGACAUUAACCAUUUGGGCCACCCAGUCAUGAUCAACUCGACAGCAACAGGUUUGGUUUUUGGUUUAGGGACUCCAGAGUCACUUAGUUUUCCCACAAAAACUAAUAUCCCAAACCAGUGGCUCUUAUUCCACGUAGAACUUAUACCAAAAAAACCCAAAACGAAAUUCGUUGCCAUUGAGUUAAUUCCGAUUCAUAGUGACCCUCUAAGACAGAGUAGAACUGCCCCAUAGGGUUUCCAAGCUGUGAGCUUUAGAGAACCGACUGCCACAUCUUUCUCCCAUGGAGCAGCUGGUGGGUUUGAAACACCGACCUUUCAGUUAGCAGCCGAGUGCUUAACCACUGUGCCAUCAGGGCUCCUAGAACUUAUUCCAAGUUCUGUUAAUUAUGAAGCCAUCUAAAAGCAAGGUGUCUCUGUACCAGGACACUCAGAUAUUAGAAAAUAAACCUAUUACCCAUCCCCAUAAUCACCACAGACAAGAAGACAAAAAUAAGUUUGAAUAUUUAAAAUCAACAUUUCAAGAGAAGCAGGAAGCAUUUAGAUUUAAAGCUGCUUUCCCUAAUAUGACAUUGAAUGUAUGUGGCACCUAAAACCCACUCCUCCCUUCCUCCCCUUGCUAAUAUUUUCUUACAGUAUUUUAACAAAUAUGUGUAUAUUUGAGGUGGGCAUGUUUUCAAGAACAUUGAUGUUAUAUUGGGUAACUCACAGCCUGGUUUCAGGCUAAUGUACUAAGUUGCCUGUAUACAAAAAUAAAUAAAUAAAACAACCUUAUUAAUGUGUAAGCAUAAUGUGACUAAUAACCUCAUAGAACUUUAGAUUGAAAGGUGCCUUAAGCAUGAACACUUGCAACUUUCUCUGGUGCACCAUUCACCAAUUUCUUGUCCAGUGAUUAUCUAACUCCAUGAUUCCCAAUUCCUUGGAAACCCUGGUGGUGUAGUGAUCAAGAGUUUGGCUGCUAACCAAAAGGUCGGCAGUUUGAAUUUACCAGGCACUCCUUGGAAAACCUACGGAGCUGUUCUACUCUAUCCUAUAGGUUGCUGUGAGUUGGAAUCGACUUCACAGCAAUGGGUUUGUUUUUUUAGGGUGGUUCCUUGGCAUACUUUUUUGUUUUAAAGAUCCCUAGAUGUAGCCAGCACUGAGGACCACUAAUUCACCUCCUCUUGAACACCUUUACACAUUUUCCUCAAUCUCAUACACCAAACAGUUAUUGUAGCUAACUCAAGAAUCCCAUUGCCAUCGAGUCAAUUCCAACUCAUAGUUAUACUAUAGGACAGAGUAGAACUGCCCCAUAGGGUUUCCAAGGCAGUAAAUCUUUAUGGACACAGACUGCUGCCACAUCUUUCUCACAUGGAGCAGCUGGUGGGUUUGUACCACUGACCUUUUGGUUAGCAGCCCAGGACUUACCCACUGCACCACCAGGGCUCCUAAUUCAAAUGUAGAGCCACGAAUACAAGACAGAAAAGUCCCUACUUCAAGGCACUCCCCACCUAGUUAGGGGAGGGGGUGGAUAUGUUUUGUCAAUGCAUGCAGUAAAUAACUAUGAGAUGUGGGCCAGGGAGGCACUGAGACCUGCCUGAAUGAGCCAGGGAAGACUUCUUGGAAAGAUGCUACCUGAAAUUAUCCUUGAAAGAUAAACAGGAGCAAUGUGGUGAAGAGCAUUACAGGCUUAAGAAAAAUUAUAAAGUCAUCAAGUGAUAUGACCUGAAAGAUGAAAAAAAAACAGUUCAUAUUAUUAAAACAGAAAUUAAGUCAGCAGAGGUUGUAAAGGAAGCCGGAGAGGUGAGGACAGGGCUACAUAAUACCUUUACCUUAUUCUGAGGAGUCAUUCAGGCAGGUAUAGACACUUAAUCAGAUUUGCUUUCCAAAUAGGUCAUGUGUGGGGGAGGGACUUGAGCCAAAGGUCAAAGGCGAGAAGAUUGGUUAGAAGGCAGUGGAAAUAUUCCAGGCAAAAAAAUGGAGAGUACUCAAAGCUGGGACGUUAAAGCUGGGAAGAAGUUCAACAUGGAUCUGAAGUUUUUUUUUUUUGUUUUUUUUCAACUAUAUAUAGAUAAAAGCAAACAAACAGGAAAACAAGAUGAUUUAUUGGAUGAGGGUAAUGACAUAGAGAAGACGAGAAAUCCAGAAUGACCCUCAAGUUCCUGGCUUAAGUGGCUGAUUGGCUGGAUGACAUAAUUUUUAAAAAUGGAAUCCCUUGAACUGGUUUUUGUUGAGUAUUCUAGAAAAAAAAUACGGCUAUUCAUUUAUCCUGGACUCAAGAAUGACUCUUCCUUAUUUUGAAAAGUCAUCCUUUCUAAUCUGUAACGGAUCUAUGAGGAAAUAAGUACCAGCCCAACCAGUUAGUCAGUUGAGUCAAGCUAGCCAUUGCCUCACAUCUGAGAUUGAGGAUGUGAAAGGAAAAAGACCAGGCCUACAAGUAUAAUAAUGAAUUCAGUUUUGAAUCUGUUGAGUUUGAGGUGUCAAGAGAAAUCCAGUAAGCAGUUAGAUAUGAAGUCUGAAGUUCAGGGAGGGGAAGAAUCGUAGAUUGGGAUUUAUCAAAAUAUAUCAGGUAAUUCAAGCAACAAAAAAUGUCCAAGAUUACCAAAGAAGACUCUACGGAGUCAGAAGAAAAUAUAUAUGUAUUGACAAAUCUUUCCACCAUUUGUUAAACACUCAGAGGUGGACCCAGGCCAUUAUAGCCACUGUGAAGAUUGUAGGCACUUGUCUGCUAGCCCAUGAACUUUUUUAGCCUUUAAAACAAAAUGGGCACAGGGAACCCAGGGUGGAAAGGGGGGCAUGUUGUCACAUUGUAGGGAUUGCAACCGAUGUCACAAAACAUUAUGUAUAUAAAUUUUUGGAUAAGAAAUUAACUUGAGCUGUAAACUUUCACCUAAACACAAUUAAAAAAUAUAUAAAAUUUGUUUAGUCAUUACGGUGAAAUAGGACAAAAAAAAAGAUACCACCUUCAUCAUCAUCAUUCAAUUUUGUUGAGCACUCAGACAUCCCAGGCACUGUUCUAAACGCAGGAGUCCCUGAGUUGUAUAAAUGGUUAACAUGCUUAGCAGCUAAACCAAAGGCUAGAGGUUUGCAUUCAGCCAGAGGCGCAUUGGAAGAAAGGCCUGGCAAUUCUGAAAAAUCAGCCAUUAGAAACCUUAUGGAUAGGAAACUUAAGGGGCAGUGAGUUUAUGUUAAUGGGAGAAGAACAACUCAGAAAAGGAGGUUAUGGAUGGUUGCACUACUUGAAGAACGUAAUCAAUGUCAUUGAAUUGUGCGUGUAGAAACUGUUUGAAUUGAUGUGUGUUCUACUGUGUAUAUUCUUAUCAACAACAACAAAAAAUUAAAAUGAAAAGAGAAGAAUAACCAAUGAAGCACAGUUCUACUCUGACACACACGGUUGCAAUGAGUCAGAAUUGUCUCAGUGGCAACUAGUGGUGGUGGUUCUAAGUGCACUAAUAAUGCAGCUCAUUUAAUCCUCAUGACCUGCUUUGGAGGCAGAUGCAUUUUACAGAUGGUUAAACAGAAGCUCAAAGCAGUGAAGUAACUCGUCCGCGAUCACACAGGUAGUAUACGGUAGGGUCAGUUUGUCUUGCACCAGAGCUGGCCUGCCUGCACUCCUCUCUAUUCUACUUCUCCUAGAGUCAAUGUACCUGUUUUGGGUUUAGAUAGUUCUGUCUGCAUACCAAUUUUGCAUAGCUUUAAACUGCCACUCAUUUAUAAAAUAUUUAAAUAGCUGGCUUAUAUCUUCAAGAUCCAGAUAAGAUGGCACAUUUUUAUCUCCCCGUGCUACCUUCACAAAAUUUCCCAAUCUGUACCCUACCUCAUCAUCCCCUAAAAUAUGACUGAUCUCUUUUAUUUACAUUGUUCACACACUGAAUGAUAAACAGAGACCAGGACAUAUCAGCCAAAUAAAUCUUAAAGAUACAUAAUUAAAUUUGGAUGCUGCUGUUUAACCAAAAUAGUGACUCCACUUUCCAAAAAGGCUAUUGUUUAAUUAAUUAGAUAGCAUCUAUACACGUGUUUUUUGCUUAAGAGAAAGGGAAUUUAGGAAGUACAGGUUGGUAUAAGUUUGCAGUAUCAGCAUUCCUUCUUGGAGGCAAAUAUCACUAAUUUCAGGAUUUGAUAAAUACCAUCUAGGUACCCAUUUUCUGUCAUUCAUGGUCUCAGAAGUUAAAAGUCUAGGGCUAAAUUUAACCAGGAUUACCAUCUGAGGAUUACCAUCUAAAAAAAGAACAUGUGCCAACAACAGAGGUUGUCAGUACUCCCUGGGUAUCUGUGAUAUGUGGUAUCACAGCCAGGUCCUUAAGAACUUCUCACCUUGUGAAUUUUUCUCAGGGAACAACUGACAUUUUCCCUAUUUGCUUUAGUUGCAGUCUUAAAAUUUGGUGCUUCCUCUGCCCAUGAAAAUCUACUUUGUAACUUAGAAUCAUGAAAUUCUGUCCAGCUUUCUUUCAGCUUAACUCUCUGUUCCUCCAGGAUGCCUUCUUCAGUUCCUCUUCUUCCUUCCAUGCUAGUUAACAUUCCCUUAUCAUAUGGCCUCAUGAAAACAAACAGAAAACCAGUUGUCAUUGAGUUGCUUCUGACUCGUGUGAGCCCGUGUACUUCAGAGUAGAAUUACCCCCCCAUAGGGUUUUCAUGGUUGUAAUCUAUCCAUCAGAAGCAGAUCACUAGGCCUUUCUUUUGAGGCAUCUGUGGGUAGGCUUGAACUACUAAUCUUUAGGUUAGUAGCCCAGAGCUUAACUGUUUGUACCACCCAGAAUAGCACUUAUUAAUAUUUCAAUUAAAUAAUUAUUUUUGUAAGUAUUUAUUUAAUAUAUUCCUCUACUGCUGGAUUAUAAAUUUUCCAGGACAGGGACUGAGUCUAUUUCAUUGUUCAAUAAGCACUUGUUGAUUGAAAAAUGAAUUAUUAGAGAUCAGCCCAUGUCAUUUCAUAACUACCAUCAUUGAAGAAUAUAUUUUGCACUUGGAGACUGUAUGAAUUUGGAAAACUGUAUGGUUUUGAAAUACUCAAUAAGUUCUUUAUUCAAUAGCAAAAACCCUUUUAUGGGUUACGGAGUGACAAUAAUAACUUUCCAAAUGGACCUAAUAAUACAUAUUUCUUUAGAUGUGUAUAAAAAUUAUAUACAAUUUUCAGUCAGUUUUCAUGGGCUUCUGCUGCUCCAUGCAAGAGAAAUUUUUUAAGUCUAAAAUGGUCUCUGAUAUUCUUCCUUUUUUCCCCCUUGCAUUUAUUUAACCAGUAUUUUUUCAAUGCUAACCUUGUGAAGAACAUUGUGCCAGGUAAGUUCUAAGGUAGAAGGUAACAUCUGCUUCCCAAGAGCUAUAAAAUAAGAAAGGUGGUUCUAUAUUAGAAGUGCUAGCCAGAGCAUUAACACAAGAAAAAGAAAUAAAAGGUACCCAGAUUGGAAAAGAAGUAAAAUUAUUUUUACAGAUGACAUCAUUCUAUACAUAGAAAAUCCUAAAAAAAUCACCAGAAAUCUUCUAGUGCUAAUAGAGAAAUUUAGCAAAGUUGCAGGGUACAAGGUCAAUAAACAAAAACUGGUUGGGUUUCUAUACAUUAGCAAUGAGAAAUGUGAAAUGGAAAUUAGGGAAAGGAUUCCAUUUAUAAUGGCAGCUAAGAGAAUAAAUACCUAGGAAUAAUUUAACUAGGGACAUGAAAGACUUAUACAAUGAAAAUUAUAAAACUCUCUGAAAGAGUUUAAAGAAGGUUUAAAUACAUGGAAAGAUACACUGUUCAUGGAGAAUAUUUAAUAUUGUUAAUAUGUCAAUACUACUCAAAGUGAUCUAGAGUCAAUGCAAUCCUGAUCUAAAUUAUCCUCAACUUUAUGCAGAAUAGUAAGAAGCCACAAAUAGAUGAAGCAAAACUGAAAGAGAGAACAAAGUAGGAGGACUCACACUUCCUGAUUUCUAAUUAUAUAGCUACAGUAAUCAAAACUGCUGAUGCUGGUGUACUAAAAGAAACAACACCAAUGGAAUAGAAUCGAGAGCACAUAAAACCCACACAUCUAUGGUCAACUGAUUUUUGUCAAGAGUAUUAAGCUCAUUAAAUGGGGGAAAGAAGAACCUCUUCAAUAAUAGUGUUGGAAAAAAUUGAAUUCCCACAUGCAGAAAAACAAGCAGGAUCCAUGUCUUACACCAUGCACAAAACCCCCUUCAAAGUGGAUUAAGGAUUGAAAUAUGAAACCUAAAACCAUAAAAUUCUUAGGAGAAAAUACAUUGCCAUGGCUGUCAGAAAUAGAUUUAACAACAGGUUACCUGAUACAAUAACAAAAGCACAAGCAGCAAAUGAUAAAAUAAAUUAACGUGACUUCAUAAGAAUUACUUUUGUUCAUCAAAAGGCUUCACAAAAAAAAAAAAAAAAAGGAAAGAAAAGAA